UCGCGAAGAAGAUACGAUGACAAAACCCAACAAAGAUUUAUUUGACUUGUCAAAUUAUAGUUACUGCUGCCUUCUAAUAAUAACCAAUAAUAUCUCCUUAACCCAAUCAAUCAAAUGACUCGUUUCUUACAUCAUCGUAUACUUUCAUGAUACAUACAUUAUACUCUGUGUAUAUAUAUCACGAGAUCUCCGUUCUCAUCCUCUUUCUUUGCUCCUUCAUCUCUUACAUCUGCUCUACUUUAUAUACACACACAGAGACACAUUACUUACACAAAGGUUGUUUGUUUUGUUUUGUUUUGUUUUUGUUUUUUAUUUGUAAUGAUGCCACAUUCUGGGAAGUCAUUAGAUGAAAUGGAGACACAAGACAAGCCUGAUUUUAAGAAACUUGAUCUCAAUUCGGACACGAACAUAAAGAAGGGGGUGAGUGUUUGUCCGAAGAUUCCGGUUGUGAAUGUGGCGAACAGGAAUCAUUCCGGGGAGCUGGGGAAGACCCGAUCCGGGGUGAUGGGUCAUCGGAGAUCCAGUUCGACCGGGGCGCCGCUAAUUUAUUCGGGUCGGACUCCGAGUUCGAGUAAUACGAGUACGAGUAGUAGUAGCAUGAGUACUAAUGGGAGUGGGAGUGGAGGGGGGAAUGGAGGGGGGAAUUUGAUGAGUAGUGUGAGUUCGGGGGCUUCGGGGAAUGGGAAUUUGUAUCCGAGUGGGAAUAUUUGUCCGUCCGGGAAGAUAUUGAAGUCGAAUAUGAUUAAUCGGGGGAGUAAUCGGAGUGAGAAGUUGGGGUCGGGGAGUGUGAAUUAUGGUCAUGGGAAUAUAAUCAAGGGAGGGGGGAAUGCGCGGUGUGGAGAGGAUAAUGUGGGGAAGAGGGGUGUGGUUGGGUUUGAUGCGGAGGAGGUGAAGAAUCAGGGGAAUGAGUUGUAUAAGAAAGGGAAGUUUGGGGAGGCGUUGGUGUUGUAUGAUAAGGCGAUUGGGAUGGCUCCGGAGAAUGCUGCUUAUAGGAGUAAUAAGGCGGCUGCAUUGACUAUGUUGGGGAGGUUGGGGGAGGCUGUGGUGGAGUGUGAGGAGGCUGUGAGGUUAGAUUCGGGGUAUGGGAGGGCGCAUCAGCGCUUGGCCUCUCUUUUCCUCAGGUUAGGACAAGUUGAAAAUGCUAAGGAUCACCUUUGUUUGCAAGGGCAGCCUCCUGAUACAACUGAAUUGCAGAAGUUGCAGUUGUUGGAAAAGCAUAUCAGUCGAUGCGUAGAUGCUCGAAAGGUAGGUGACUGGAAGGGAGUACUGCAGGAAUGUGAUGCAAUAAUGGUAGCUGGAGCUGUGUCUUCACCCCAGAUAAUUGCUUGUAAAGCGGAGGCAUUCUUGAAGCUUCACCAAUAUGAAGAUGCCGACUCUAGCUUAUCCAACCUUUCAAAGCUAGAACCCUACCCUACUUCAUGUUCCCAAAAUAGAUUUUUUGGGAUUCUUUUAGAAGCUUAUGUUUUGUUUGUCCGAGCGAAGGUGGAUAUCGCAUUUGGAAGGUUUGAAAAUGCAGCUGCUGCAGCAGAGAAGGCCGUUAAAAUUGAUUUCAAUAACAUGGAAGUUGCAAUGUUGCUGAACAGCGUGAAGCUGGUAACUAGGGCUCGUUCCCAGGGUAGAGAUCUUUUCGGUGCUGGAAAAUUCACAGAAGCAUGUGCAGCAUACGGGGAAGGCCUGAAAUAUAAUCUCUGCAAUUCCAUACUCUACUGCAACAGGGCUGUUUGCUGGUCUAAACUUGGUCUGUGGCAGGAAUCUGUGGAGGACUGCAAUCAAGCCCUCAAGAUCCAACCAAAUUACACAAAAGCUCUUCUUAGGAGGGCUGUAUCAAAUGCGAAGCUCGAAGAAUGGGCAGCAGCUGUCAGAGACUAUGAGAUCUUAAGGAGAGAGCUCCCGGGUGACAGCGAAGUUGCUGAGUCUCUAUCUCGGGCACAGGAUGCUCUUAUGAAAUUACGGCGGGGUGAUGCUUAUGUCAAACCAGGUGACUCCAGUGAAUUUUCUGGUUCUGACCACUUCAAGGGUGUGAUGCAUUCACCUGGUGGAUCCAGUUCAGACGCCAGCAGAAGCCACAAGAAAUAUCCGGAGCUGUAACAUAUACUAGUCGGUGACAGACUGAAGAAGAUGAUCUGCCCUAGCCGCCAAAUUACUAUUAUUAGGCUCAAUGGUGCUUCAAAGCAUCCAUGCUAUAUAUUCUUACCUCAAUUUUGGAAGGAGAUAGCAGAUUGAGUAGCUACAUAUCACAUUAUAGUAAUUUCAUUCUUUAAUAGGAAAACCUCAUAUAAAUAAAUUCAUCAGUUAACAUAUUUUAAAUUGUAUUACAUAAAUUUUCUUCGCUUAUAUCACAAUAUAUUGUUUAUUUCA